UGACGGCUACUAAAUUGACAAGUGAAUAAAAACAGUUUGGUACAACAAACAAAAGGAAAUAUACUAUAAAUAUUGAAUUUAAGUAUCAUUUCAAUUGUGGUAAAGACUUAAUGAAGUCUAUAAUAUAUAUAUUUAGAAAAAAAGACAACACAAGAUACGCAUCGCAACACUUUGUUUUAAAAGUAGGGUUAUAUUUUGAUUCAAGGUGAUUAUUUUACAAGAUACAAGAUUUUGACGUCUGGUCUUAAAGUACUCCGCCUUAUAUGGGUUGAAAAGGUUAACCUUAAGUUCUUGAAUUAGUGUGCAUUAAGAUUUCAUUAUGAGUGACCGCGAGAAGCCCAGUGUUUCUGAAUCCCAAGAUGACAAAGAAAAGAAAAUCGUCAGAACUCCUACGCAACCAAUGUCUACAGGAUCAAGUAGCCGUAGCUAUUUUGCAAAUGAACCACUACAGUUCAGAGUGAAAGGGUCAACAAUCACAAGUGCCUCACCACCCAACUUCGUCACUCUGGAAGAUAUUAUGAAAGCAGCUCAUGGUAUGCAGAACAUGGCUUUAGCUCAUGAAAUAGCUGUUGAUCAGGACUUUAAGCUAGAACCGUUUGAGCCUCCCGAUAAUAGUUAUCAAAAGUUAGUAAAAGAAACAAUGCACAAAGCAUAUUUUGAUAUUUUAAGAGAACAAAUAAACUCGGAUCCACCUGAACAUAAACAGGCCCUUGUGUUACUUGAAGAUGUGAAGCAGGGUCUUUUCUCUAUCUUGCUUCCUCGUCACACUCGUAUUAAGGAUAUGAUUGAGGAAGUAUUAGAUACAGAUUUUAUUAAACAACAAGCCGACAACAACAGCCUUGACUUCCAGAAGUAUGCCAAUUUUGUGAUAGAUUUGAUGGCCAAGUUAGCCGCUCCAGCCAGAGAUGAAAUGAUCCAAAACAUAACUAAGCUAAGUGACACUGUUGACAUAUUUCGAGCCAUUCUUGAAACUCUGGAAGUGCUGAAGCUAGAUUUAGCGAACACUCUGAUAGCAAUGAUACGUCCUCACGUGCAACAAGAGAGUGUGCAGUACGAGAGGGCAAAAUUCGACGAAAUGUUACAACUGGCAGAAGAUGGCUUGCAAUAUACCAGAGAAUGGUUGCUGAGGCACGUUGACAAGUCUGACCUAAGCUUGCCUGUAACUGAUGCCAAUAUAAUAAGAAACGUCACAGCACAAACAUUAGCGAAAGCAUAUCUAGAACUGCUGGAUUGGGAUGAAUCACAAAACUACCCUGAGACGGUGACACUUGACAAGCCUCGAUUCACAGAACUCGGUGUCCAAAAGUACCGACUUAUUUGCGCCGCGUCCUUAUUGUUGGUAAGCCCCUCGUGUAGCGGAGACUCCCAUCCUCAGCAUAAACAAAGCCUCAAAGAAAAACUUAUUAUUAUUCUCGACACCACCAGCAAUGACACUGAACUUAAAGCCGUGCUUCCAUCGAUAGCUGAAGAAGUAAUAAUGGUAACGGAACAACUCAUUGAAGAUCUCGGCCAGGAUCCAUUAUCGAGUGAUACAAAGGAACUAGUCAGGAGUCAGAUUUUAUCGCUUCGAGAUCCUGAACACAGAGUCAGACAGAUUGUUCAUCAAAGACUCCAUGAAUUCUUAAAGAUGAUAUUAGUAUGCGCGGGUGGCUCUCGUCAGAUACCUGCCGGCUUGUCUGCCUUUGCCAAGGAACUGACGUCAGUCGCUGGUACUCUGCUUCGUUGCGUGAUGCACAAUAAAGCUGUAUUCACACAACAUUACCUCGACAUUAUUGAGGAGGAGUUAAGUAAGAAUUAGGAUUUUGAAUCUGUUUCCAAAUGUCACUGUCAACAUCGUGUGUCAAAUACUGAAGGAAAUAAUUAAUUACAAUUUUAUCUUUUUUUUUAUUUUCACUUUGUAAGCUUAUUGCACUAAUUAAUUAUUUAUAUUGUAAUGUGUGGUCACUUAACACAAUAAUAUGACAUCUUGAAAAUCUUAAAUAAAAAAAAAAAUUGUCACGGCUCGUCCGGCAGAUGUAAAACAUUGAAAUUUAUGGAUUUGGAAAGAAUAUAUAAUACGUUAAAAAAAACCAUUCUAUAUCAUAUUAUUAUAAAACACAUGCUCAUAGCAACAAAGUAUUAUAUACGCGUCACGCACACACACACACAAGAGUUGAGAGCGGUGACGAAGAGGAAGUGUCGGCCGUGUAGUUUGCCGAUACGAGUAUAUGAACUACAAUUUUAUAAUUAUUAAUAUAAAUGUCUUUUACUAAUUAAUACUUUCCAAUUAACUGUCAAUAUAUUUUUAAAUGCAUUUGCAAUGAAACUCAUAAUUUUGUAAAUAAAAAAACGUGAUUACAAUUUUUUUUAUAUUACUGCGAUAGAAUUUUCGUUCGAUAAAUAUAUUUUGACAAAACAUUUAAAAUCUAGUAAAAUUAAGAAAUAGUUUAUAAUUUGACAAUUUGUUAUUAAUGCCGAUAUAUUAAGCUUAGUAAAAAAUGUAUUUCAACACAAAGUAAUUCGUUGGGUUGUAUUAAAAUUCAGAAUUGUUAUCAAAUAAAUCAUUGUCUUCAAUUGCAUUAUUAUGUAUCAUAUAAAAACAAAAUAAUAUUAUUUUAUGUGAAAUAUGCAAUGGCCUGCAGUCAUAGUGACGUAAUAAGAUAAUAAAAACUUCCAACAACCAAUCAUAUUAACUAACAGUAAUAUAAAGCAUAUGAAAAUAAUCAAAAAACGGUAAAAUAAUUUAAAAAAAAACUAAACUUGAUAUUUAAGAAAAUCACUAAUUUAAAUCAAUGCGAGCAUAUUUUAUUAAACCUUUUUUACUCAGUCAUUAUUGUAUCGCCAAUAUUUUAAUUAAAAAAAAUAUAUUGAGCGGCCAAGCUCAGGGUAUAAUAGCCAGCAGCGCUGGUCUAUUAGAAUUUUAAUAAAAAAAUUAUAUCAAUAUUCUAAAUUUAAAAAUAAGAGGUACCUAAAGCGUUAUCACAUUUUAAAACAAAAUCAAAUUUUAAACGUAGAAUAUUUAUAGCCAACUAUAUAUUAUGUACUAAAUAAAGUUAUUUUUCUUUAUUUAAAUGAAAUAUACAUUGACGUAUAAAAAUUAUUCCUAAUGUCUUAUUGCAUUUAAUUUGCAGUGUCUGAUUAUUAUUGUAAUGCUUUUGUCAAUGAAAUGUUUUUAUUGCAAUAUGAUAAAUUUGCUGCAAUACUAUAUAUAAUAGAUAUAUUAAAUCUAAUGAAUAUUGUAAUAACAUAAGUUUAGUACUCCCUUUAUCUAAAAUAAGUUUAACAUUUUGGAGCAGAAUUUUUAAAAAUUCCAAAAUUACUCAGCAUAUGGUGUGAUUCUCAGGGCGUAGAUCUAUAGCCUAUUCCAAACUCAAAGUGAAGAUAAAUAAACAACUUUGACCUUGAAAAUGAAAUGACAUAAUUGGUCGAGAUCUCCAAUAUUAUAUAAUCUAUGGUAUUCUUUAUGGAUUGGCGUAAAAAUGGCGUUGUGAAUGUCGGUAAAGUUAUAAUCGGAACAUUAGAAAUAAAAUUCAAGUGGAUUUAUAUAACUAAUCAAUGACAUAGUGUAGUGUAGUAUUAUAAAUAAAGAUAUAUUAUUCAAUAAUUAAUGUUCGCAGUAUAAUAAAGCAGAUCUAUUAUCAAAUCGCAUGGAAUAUGUUAAUCUUAAAUUUGUUUGCCCUUAUUCCUUCUGCCAUUACAAUAUGAUAUAAUAGCAUUAUUUCUUAUUAUUAUUAACAUUAUUACUAUUAAUUUCGACGCCAAUUUUUUUUAUGAAAACAGACAGAAAAAGACCUCUGCUUUAAAUUAAUAAUAAAAACAUAAUUAACCAAUCAAGCAUGAGUAUAAAAAGCAAUGUUUUACUUAUUAAAUAAGAACAUGGAGUCGUAUAAUAUUACAAUUUUGUUUGAGAAUUUUAUGGCGCAACAAACAUUUAUAAAAAUGUGAUGUAUUCUAGAUGAAUAGUGCAAAUAAAACGAAUAAAGCUUU